AUGUGGGGGCCUAAAACUACUGAAGCUAUCCCUAAUUACCUAUAUCACGUAUGCAUAAACGCAACAGCUUUCAACAACAACACCAACAACAUCACCAUUAAUUUUUACCAAUCAAAUCUAUAUCACCUCCUUUCCAUCCUAUCCUCCACCUCCACCACUCAUGAAUUUCAUACCGCCACCGCGGGCCGUGACCCUUAUACCGGAUCAGCCAUCGUCUACGGCCUCUUCCUUUGCCGCGGAGAUGUGGCGGCAGCCGUCUGUGGCGUAUGCGUGGCAGCAGCUGCUACAGAACUCGUGAAGCUUUGUCCAAUUGAGAAAGAGACCAUAAUAUGGUACGACGACUGCAUGUUGCGCUACUCCAACCGCUCUUUGUUGGGCAUCUUGGACGAACAACAUGGAGCUUUUCUUUAUAACACGGAACACAUAACGGAGAAAGAUCGGUUCGAAGGAUUACUGAACUCCACCAUGAAGGCUGCUGCAGCAGAGGCUGCAAAUGGUGGGCAUGAGAAAAAGUUUGGGACUAAAGAAGCUUAUUUUACAGGGUUUCAAACGCUGUACAGCCUCGCACAGUGCACGCCGGACUUGUCCAGCGGCGAUUGCAACAGAUGUCUUUGGGAUGCCGUGGAUGAUCUUUAUUACCAGAGAUAUAGCGCACGACAUGGUGCAAGGCGUCUGCUUCCUAGUUGCAAUGUUAGGUACGAGCUUUACCCCUUCUACAACAAAACUGCUACUUGGACCCCUCCGGCCACCACCAAAGGUAGGAUAUUCCAAUACACUUUUCAUCAAAUGUCAAAUUACAUUAAAACAUUCUAUGUUUGA